UGCGCCUGCGCAGAGACGUCCCAGCCCGUCGGCCCUAAGGUGCAGCAGCGGAGCGGAGACACCGAACUUUGGCCCCCGGGACGCCGCCCGCUGAGAUGUUUGCUUGCGCCAAAUUCGCCACCUCGCCCUCCCUGAUCCGUGCUGGAUCAAGUGUCUUGUACAGACCAAUUUCGGCAUCUGUGUUGUCUAGGCCAGAGGUCAAGAAUGGAGAGGGCAACUCAACACUUAAUGGGGCCCAAAAUACUGUCUCCCGACUAGCACUUAGAGAAUUCCAGACUAGUGCUAUCAGCAGGGACAUUGACACUGCUGCCAAAUUUAUUGGUGCUGGUGCUGCCACAGUAGGUGUGGCUGGUUCUGGUGCUGGUAUUGGAACAGUCUUCGGUAGUCUAAUCAUUGGUUAUGCCAGAAAUCCUUCCCUGAAGCAGCAGCUGUUCUCAUAUGCUAUCCUGGGAUUCGCCUUGUCUGAAGCUAUGGGUCUCUUUUGUCUGAUGGUUGCUUUCUUGAUCCUAUUUGCCAUGUGAAAGGAGAUCAGCCUGUAAUAUUGGCAUUGGAAUAUAACUGCAUUUUAUGGGACUCCCAAAAUGUUGGUGUCAUGGAAAUUGAUGCUGUUUCCAAAGUCAUUUCAUUAAAGAUAACAACUUUAACUGUCAACCGGUUGCCUGCAUUUAUUAUCUUUCUCACUAGAAUAUCUAGAAGUGAGCAUCAUGUCAUUCAGUCACCAUGGGUUUCUCCUGAUCAUGACAUAUUAUAUAGGACCCUUCAAACAGUGACUUCCAAGUCAAACAUUUUAUUUAUUUAUGGGCAUGUCGCUUGUUUGUUAAAAUUAAUGUGGCAUAUCUUUGAAAGAUGAAGGACUACAC